CUCUGACUGCACGUGCGUACACUGCUGUCCGCCGGAAGGACCCAGCCUAGCUGUGUUUAUUUCGUUGGGGACCGAGUCGUCGGUUGGCGCUCAACGGGUUCUAGGCUGCAGGCAGCGCGAGGACCCGCGGCCCCGCCCCGGCCCGGCCUGGCAGGUAGCAGUGGCAGCCGGCCGUGCCGGGGGGCCAUGUUGCUGUAACCUGUGACCCAGGGGAUGUUACGGUGGACAGUGCACCUGGAGGGCGGGCCCCGCAGGGUGAACCAUGCUGCCGUGGCUGUUGGGCACCGGGUAUACUCCUUCGGGGGUUACUGCUCCGGUGAAGAUUAUGAGACACUGCGUCAGAUUGAUGUGCACAUUUUCAAUGCAGUGUCCUUGCGUUGGACAAAGCUGCCCCCCGUGAGGCCUACCGUCCGCGGGCAGGCUCCCGUGGUACCCUACAUGCGGUAUGGGCACUCGACCGUCCUCAUCGAUGAUGCGGUCCUCCUUUGGGGUGGACGGAAUGACACCGAAGGAGCUUGCAAUGUGCUCUAUGCCUUCGAUGUCAAUACUCACAAGUGGUCCACACCGCGGGUAUCAGGAACAGUUCCUGGGGCCAGGGAUGGGCAUUCAGCUUGUGUCCUGGGCAAGAUCAUGUACAUUUUUGGAGGAUAUGAGCAGCUGGCGGACUGCUUUUCCAAUGACAUCCAUAAGCUGGAUACCAGCACCAUGACAUGGACGCUUAUCUGUACUAAGGGCAAUCCAGCACGCUGGAGGGACUUCCAUUCAGCUACAAUGCUGGGCAAUCAGAUGUAUGUCUUUGGGGGCCGAGCAGACCGCUUUGGGCCAUUCCAUUCCAACAAUGAGAUUUACUGCAACCGCAUUCGAGUCUUCGACACCAGGACUGAGGCCUGGCUGGACUGUCCGCCUACUCCAGUGCUGCCAGAGGGCCGCCGGAGCCACUCAGCCUUUGGCUACAAUGGAGAGCUGUACAUUUUUGGUGGCUAUAAUGCGAGGCUGAACCGGCACUUCCAUGACCUCUGGAAGUUUAACCCUGCUUCAUUUACCUGGAAAAAGAUUGAACCGAAGGGGAAGGGUCCAUGUCCUCGCCGGCGCCAGUGCUGCUGUAUUGUUGGUGACAAAAUUGUCCUCUUUGGGGGUACCAGCCCAUCUCCUGAGGAAGGCCUGGGAGAUGAAUUUGACCUCAUAGAUCAUUCUGAUUUACACAUCUUGGACUUUAACAUGUCUAAUUUGUCAUUUGAGGAGCUGCUGGAAUUGCAGAACCAAGUGGGAACUAAGGCAUACAAACAACUGGUAGCUGGAAACAGCACCAAGAAGCAAAGUUCUCAACCAUCUGUCCAAAAGUCAUGUGUUGCAGAUAAGCACAAGCCUCUGGAAAUGUCAGCCAAGGCCCGGGUCCCAUUUUUGCGUCAAGUUGUACCCAUCAGUAAGAAGGUAACCCGAGACCCUCGCUUUGACGAUUUGUCAGGAGAUUAUAAUCCUGAGGUGUUUGACAAAACAUACCAAUUCCUGGAUGAUAUCCGAGCCCGGGAGAAAGAGCUUGUGAAAAAGCAGUUAAAGAAGCACCGUUCGGGAGAGGAGCACGAGAAACUGCAGCACCUGCUUCAGCGAAUGGAGCAGCAAGAAAUAGCACAGCAGGAACGAAAGCGGCAGCAGGAGCUACGCCUGGCUCUUAAACGAGAGCGACGGGCUCAGGCACAGCAGGGCCAUCGACCAUACUUCUUGAAGAAAUCUGAGCAGCGCCAGUUGGCCCUGGCUGAAAAAUUCAAGGAGCUGAAACGCAGCAAGAAGCUAGAGAGCUUCUUGAGUAGAAAGAGGCGCCGAAAUGCAGGCAAGGACAGGAGAAAUCUUCCUUUGAACAAAGAAUAAUCAAUGUCCUCAGUUUUGCCGCAGUUCCACUGAAAAGUGGAUGUGUGGGGACAUACACAAGCUUGGCUCUUCUGGUUCUUUCUUAUUCAAGGGCAUGGGACCCAGCUGCCCUUGAAGUGGGCCAACUUAGAGAAGACUAGAGAGCUUUUGGUUGGCUCCUUGGAACUAGAUGAGAGUAGAUCAGUUGUUCGCCAUACCAUGUGUGCCUCUGUUUUGGCUCGGAUUCAUCAUGUCCUCAUGUUUUAUUUUUUGCCUAAAACUACUGAUCCUGAUACAGAAGAGAAGAGGCCAGUGAAGGGCAUGGAGUUUGUGAAUGGCUUCCAAGGCUGGGACUCCAUGUAAAAGGCGUUCCUAUUCAUAAACUACAUUGUUGAUAAACA